AUGCAGAACUUACCUCCUAAUUCAGGUAAAGGCGGGUUCCAAUCGAACCACAAUAUGAAGGUUACUCGUGGAAAGAAUAACUCGCAACUUGGUAUGUCAGCAUUACUUAUUCACAAUCAAUUAAAUGCAUCACUGGUAGAACCAAUACAAGUUUUACAACAAAUAGUCGAAGAUAAAUACCCUCAAGAUAAAUGGAAUGAAUACGUUCAAGAAAUUAAAUUUGAACCAUUACAUAACUUAGGGCAAUCUAUUGUUAAUGCAAAACAAUACGGAAAUUUAAAUUACAAUAGUGAUAUUAGUGAUAAAAUAAACGAAUUACAAGCUGAAAUCGCGAAAUUUAAAUCUGAAUCUGACGAAUUAAAACGCAAAUUACAGGAAAAAGACCAGAUAAACAACGAAAAUGAUGAUGAACUAGCUCAGAUAAAGCAGAUUUUGAGCGAUUUCGCUAAUCGUUCCGAAAAUGAAUCUUUACAAGAUAUCAAAGAUAACUACAAUGAUGGAAAACUUACAUCAACGCAGUUCUUGUCUUCGGUAUUAGAGCAAGCUGAUCAGAAAUCUAACGAUAUUGGAUUGAGAUUCGAUGGCUUUAAUUUGCCGAAUAAUUCUGACGCGUCAAAGCAUGCUACGAACUAUCAAAACCAGUCAAAUACAUACUUAAACAUCAUCAAUCAAUCGAUUGAUAAACUGCAAGUACUUGAAAAUCUUCUCGAAAUAACAGAAUUUGAAAAUGAUCAAUCGAAUCCAGAAUCUCUUCCAAUAAGAAUACGCGGAAUAACACGAGAAUUACAGAAUAAGAUCAAUGACGCCAAUAAAGCUAUCGAUAAAGCUAAAAUCCAGAAAGAUGCGAUCAAAAAACAGGAACAAGAUCUGAAAAAGCGAGAAAUCGAUUUCCAGCAGUUAACUAGAGAUGAAUUGCAGAACAAAUUAGCCGAAGUCGAGAGUUUACGUGAAAAAUUAGCAAAUCAACAAAAAGAUGAAUUAACUGCUGCUCAGAAGAAAGAACUGGUAGAUAAGAUACAAUCAUUAGAUGAGGAAAUUACUACUCUUCGUGGAGAAAUCAAACUCAAAGACGAAAAAAUAAAUAAUCUAAAUAACGAUCUCAACAGGCUUCAAAUCGAAAAGGAAUUACAAAUAGAAGGCGAAAAGAUGCUCAAGAAUCAACAUGAACUUAUCGAAAACGGAUUAAAUCAAAGAGUUGAAAAUCUUGAAAUUCAAAAUGAAAAAUUAAACAAAGAAGUCACAGAUUUACGCAACCAGCAGAAUACUAUUAAUAAUGAACGUGCUGAUUACAUGGCAAAGAACCAGUUUUACGAGCAAAUGAACAAAGAUUUGCAAAAUCGACUUCAAAAUGCCGAAAAAGAACUCAAUGAUCUCAAGAAAGGAGAUACAGAUGUAUCCAAAUUACGGUUCAAGAUCGAAGCCAACAAAGAAAAGAUCCAAGAACUGAAAGAAAAGAACAAAGAAAAUAAAAAGAGGGCAAAUGACUUAGAAAAGCAAUUAUACGAGAUGAAAAGUGAUUCCGCAAUCAAGAACAAUGAAAACAACAUGUUAAAUAUCCAAAAUUCAAGACUUGAAGCGGAAAAUUCAGAAUUAAAGAAGAAGAAUGGAGAUAUCGAACGAGAACUCAUGGAAAUGAAACACAAACAAAUAUUAGCUGAAUCAAAAUCAAACAAUGCUAAGUCUCUUCUUAAAGAAUUGAAAGAUAAAAUCGAUUCCAAUCCAAAUCAAACGAAAAUACCAAUGGAUGAUAAAGAAAAAGAGAAAGAAUACAAUUCUCUCAUCCAAAACCUCAAAGACCAACUUUCACAAUUAAAUAUCGAAAAUAAUAAUCUAAAAAGUAAAAAUGAAUUGGCAGAAUCAAAAUUAACAAAGAAAGAAGAUAAAAUCAAAGAGCUCAAAGCAGAAAACAAACAAUUAAAUUCCGAAAUUUCUGAUUUGAAGGACAAAUUAAAUGAAUUGGACAAACAAAACUUCAAAACUAACUUCAAACUCACAAAUCUUGAAGAACAACAUAAAGAACUCAAAGAUAUGUUGAACAGUCCAGAUAAAAGUCCUCUUAUAAGUCCAAUAAGAAGAAAUUCAACAUGGGAUGAUUCACAAACAGAAUUAAUGUCUCCAAGAAGUGAAAAUGAUCCAAAAAACUUUGAAAAAUUGGAAAGUGAACUGAAAGAAAUGAAGUCAAAAAUUGACCAAAUUAAUUCAAAAUUGAAUGGAACACCGACUCAAAAUUCAACAUUACAUGAUAUUGAGAAACACAUUGAUGUAUUACUAAAAGACAUUGAGAACAAAGAUAAAGAGAUACAAGAUCUUUUACAGUUGAUAAAGAACGACAAUAAACAUAAGAUUUGUAUUCCUCCAAGUAGUUUCAUCAAAAAAGAUAAAGAAGAUUACGAAAAAUUCAAUGAUGAUUUAAUGAAAAUUGCUGUUGGAUUCAACAUUUACGAUGAUGAAACAAUCAAGAAGAAGAUACAUAUAUUAACUUUGGAAGAUGAACUUCGAAGAUUAAUAGAAGAUAACAAUUAUAUUCGUGAACAAGCGAAAUUACAAAAUAUUAAAUUAAUUCCUGCUGUUUACAAAUAUGAUUUUGAUGUUUCUAAAGUCAACAAACAAUGUGCAGUUGUUUUAAGUGAUUCUGAUGAUGACGAAGAUAUAGAAAAUGAACUCCAAGAAAAGAUAAGAAACAAAAAAUUUGAAAAUGAAGAAUACAUCAAACAAUUGUCAUCAAAGAACAUUGAUUUACCAUCAAAUCAAUAUAAUUAUGAAAGAAUUGAUGAAUUGGAAGAUAUAAAUGACGAAUUGUUUGAGAAACAAAACAAUUUGCAACAUGAAAUUUACUUUAAGUUAAUGAGUAUGAUCAUGGAAUAUAAUCCUUUGGAAAGUUUGAUGUCGAGAGAAAUCAAUUUCGACGAAAACGAAAUUCCUAAUGAAGAAAACAUGAAAAAUGUCUUGGCAAAACAAGAAAUGGCAAUUGGAAAAUUGGAAUCAGAAAACAAGAAAUUAAAUGAUUUAGUUGAUGAAUUAAAUCAAAUGUUUGAUAAUCCUCAAGAAAACAAAGAUAAAUGUCAAUUACUUAAAGAAAAUAUCAUCAAACAAAUGAAAGUUGAAAAACAAAAUCAAUUGACACAAACAGAAAUUUCAAUUUCUAAACUGACACCGAAAUUCGAUUCAGAAGAAAGUCAGUAUUAUGAAAGUGAUGGAUAUAAUAAAGAUACGAGUUCAUUGUCAAAUGAUGGAGAAGUUCUUAAUUUGGAUGAAUUUUUGCAAGAAUUAAAAGCUGUUGAUUCUGAUAAUAAUUCUCAAAUUGAAGAGAAAAACAAGUGCUUGCAAGAUUUCAUUGACGAAAUAUCUAAACAAACAGGUAAUAAAUAUCCAAUUGAACCUGUAAAGAAAUCGAGUUUCAUCAAACAAAACAAUGAUGAAGAAAUUUCUGAGCCAACAAUGGAUUCUGAAACAGAAGAUGCAAGAAAACUUAAUCAGAUCUUGCAAAACAAGAUCCAGGAUAUAAUUAAUCCAUCAGAUUCCAAUGAUUUGGAACAAAUUGACUUAUUAGAUAUAGCUAAUACUGUUUCUCAAAAGAAAGAAAACAAAUCAUCAUCUUCUUCAGAUUCUCAACAAAAAGACAAUCAUGACCAGAAAGAAAAAGAAAUUAAUAAUAACUCUGAUUCUGAACAAAAGAAAGGAAAAGAGAAUUUAGAUUCUUCAGAUAAGAAUGAAAAAGAAAAUGAAGUUGUUGAUCCAAUUAAGAAAGAGAAAGAAGAUCAAAAGAAAGAUAAAGAUCCACAACAAAAGAAGGAAUCAAAGAAGAAGAGAAGACAUCAUAGAAAUAAGAAAUCAUCAUCAGAAGAAAAUCCGGAAGAAAGCAAAGAAAAUCUUGAUUACAAAGAUCUUUAUGAAAAAUCACAAAUUACCAAUGAAUUGUUGUCAAAUGAAUUAGAACAACUUAGAAAGGAAUUGCAGAAUUUGGCGAAAGAAAACAGAGUUGAAGUUCAAUGCCAAACAGAACAAAAUGCUUAUUUCGAUGAAUUUACUGUAGAUUCAAAUGACAACAAAGAAGAUAUCGAAGAAAAGAAUAAACAACUUCAAAAAUUAGUAGACGAAUUGAAGACAAAGACAACUCCAAAAUCAGAAGAUCCAAUUGAAGAAGCAAAGAAUCAACUCAAAGAUCUAAUUGAAGAAAACAAACAACUCAAAUCUGAACCUUCAUCAGAUAAUGUGAACAAAUUAAAUGAUAAUAAAUCUCUUGACGAAUUGAACGAAGAGAUUGAAAAAUUAAAACAAGAAAACAACCAAUUAAAGAAUGAAAAUCCACUUAAAACAAAUGAAUCACUACAAAAUCAACUCAAAGAACUCACAAAAUUACAAUUCGAAAAUACAAAGAGAGUUGAAAUUUCUAUUCAAACCGAUUUCCAUGAUUUGAUUAAUAAGAAUGAAAUAAGUAGUGAUGAUAAUGAUGUUUUAAUGAUUGAUUACUAUGUAACAGAAAGUGAUGGAAAAGAAGACAUCAAAGCAAAGAAUGAACAACUCAAGAAAUUACUUGAAGAACAACUUUCAAGAAAUGAAGAAGAAGAAAAUCCAGAGAAACAACAUGAAGAUGCAAAACAAAAACUCAAAGAACUAAAGAAAGAAAAUACUAAAUUACAAGGAAAGGAAAAGAAACAAAAACGUUGUAGGAAAGGUCAUCAUCACAAAGAAAAUGAAAUUUCUGAAGAAAUUAAAUUGGAUUCAUUACCGAAAGAAGAAGAAAAGAAACAUCUUGAGGAAGAAGAAUCAGUUGCAUUUGAUAUUGAUGAAUCAUUGCAUCAGAAAUAUCCACAAGAAUCAGAUCAACUUGAAACAAACAGCGAAUUGUUGAAAGAAAUCAAUGAUGAUUCAAAUUAUAUUAAGGUUUCAUCUGACAAUGAAUCAAAGAAAGAAAUAAUUAAUUAUCCAUCUGGUAUCGAAUCAGAUCAAUUUUCUAAGAAAGAAACUAUUAAUAGUUCAGAUGAAAUCCAAAUUUCUUCUGACAAUGACUCAAAGAAAGAAAUAAUUAAUUAUCCAUCUGGUAUCGAAUCAGAUCAAUUUUCUAAGAAAGAAACUAUUAAUAGUUCAGAUGAAAUCCAAAUUUCUUCUGACAAUGACUCAAAGAAAGAAGAAAAACUCAAGUCAUCUAAAUCUGAUAGUUAUUACUCUGAAGAAGAAGAAACUGAAAAGGAUUCUCAAGUUUCCAAAGAAAGAAAACAUCCUAAGAAACAAGGAAAAUCUAAUAUUUCUUCCGAAGAAAAACUUUCAAACGAUGAAAAUGAAGAAAAUCAAGUUUCCAAAUCAGAAAAGCGACCAAUGAAGUCUAAGUCUUCUAAGUCAGAUGAAAAUUCUUCAGAUAAUAAAUCAGACAAUAAACUUUCUGAUGAUCUUAAGAAGGAUGAAAAACAUAAAUCAGCUAAAUCUGAUAGUUAUUACACAGAAGAAGAAUCAGAAAAAGUUUCUAAUGAAGGAGAUAGUGCUUCUAAGGAAAGAAAACAUUCAAAGAAAGAAGGAAAACUAAAAUCAGACAAUAUUACUCCAGAAAACGAAUCAGAAAAACUUUCUACAAAACCAAAGAAAGAAGAAAAUCUUUCUUCCAAAUCAGGUAAAUCCAAAUCAUCUAAAUCAGAUGAAUAUUACACAGAAGAUGAAUCAGACAAAGCAUCUAAGGAAGAAAAUGAGGAAAAGCCAUCAAAGAAGGAAAGAAAGUCCAAAUCAUCUAAGUCAGAUAGAAGUUCUUCAGAAAAUGAAUCAGAAGUUUCUAAUGAACCAAAGAAAGAAGACAAAGUUAAAUCAAAUGAAGAUGAAUCAGAUAAAGGUUCUAAACAAUCAAAGAAAGAAGGAAAAGUUUCAUUCGAAGUUAAGAAUGAUAAGAAACCAAAGAAAGAAGUAGAUGAAAGUGAAUCGUAUUAUUACUACUAUUCUUCAUCUUCUUCCAACGAUGAUGAUAAUGAAAAGACAUUAGAUGAACUUCAAGACGAAAUCAAACAGUUACAAGCAGCAAACAAAGAAUUAGGAGAAUCCAAUGAUAAAACAAUAGAUGAUGAAAGAAAAUUAAAUGAAGAAUUGCAACAGAAACUCAAAGAUUUGAUGGAUAAGAACCAACAAGACAAAGAAAACAAGAAAGAUUACAAGAAGUUAUACAAAGAUCAGAAAGAACAAAACAAACUGUUAUCAGCUGAAUUAGAACAAAAAGACAAAGAAAUCAAACAAUUAUCAGAAAAUCUCAAACAAAACAACAAUCAAUCAGAAUAUACAGAAUAUUACACAGAAUCCGCUGAUGAAAAUGAGAAACCAAAGUCUAAAAAUGCUGAUAAAGAAAAACCAGAUUCCAAAGAUAAUUCCGAUAAACAAAUCGAUCAAAUCAAGGAAGAAAACGAGAAACUCAAAGAUGAAAUCAAGAAGUUGAGAGAUUUGAUUGAAGAAAGUCCAGAAGAAACAGAAGAAAUGUCUGAACUAGAAAAGGCAAAGAGAAAACUCAUCAAAUUACAAGAUGAAAAUGCCAAAUUAUUGAAAUUAAUUGGACAAGAAAAGAAAGAAGAAUUAUCUGAAAGUUCUGAUUUCGAUGAACCAAUGAAUAAAUCAUCCCAUUUAGUUCCACAAAAUCAAUCAGAUUCUGAUUCAGACAAUCCGAUUCCUCUUUCUCAACUCAAAACAGACAGAAAGAUCAAAUUUGAUGAUUCACCAAAUGUUCAAUCAAACGAAAAUAUUCCUCUUGCAAGAAUGAAGAGAGAAUACAUCAACUCCAAAGGUUGUUUGAGAGUUGAAAACACUUCUUCUGGUACUUCUGUUUCCAUUAACAGUUCUGAUAUCGAAGAAAGAUUAGCAGCAAUGGAUAACAUGACUCUUGAAGAUGUUAACAAAGAGAUCAAAACCCUCAAAGCUUCUAAUCAUAAUCUAAUUAAAUCAUCAGGAUUAUUCAAUAUCCCAAUGAAUUCAGAACCAGAUGAUUUAACUGAACCAUCAAAUAUUGUUUCACAAACAAUGAUUGAUCAGCUCAAACACGAAAACAAAGAACUGAGAGAUCACAUUGGAGCAAUGGAACAAAGUUAUGAAGACCAGCUUUCCAAAUUAAGAGAACAAUUAGAGUUAUUAAACUCUGAAAAUCCAAAUCUCCUCAGAGAUAUUGAGAACAAACAAAAAGCUCUGGAAUUGAAAGCAAAUGAAAAUGAUGACGAAAAAACAGUUCAUGAUAAAAAUGUUCAGCUCAAGAACAUGUUACAACAAUACGAAGAAAAACCUGUUGAAGUCAUUGAUAAUGUUGAUGAUGCGAAGAAGAAAUUAAUUGAUCUUGCUUUAGAAAACAACAAAUUAAAGAAGGAAGAAGAAAAGAAAUUGAACAAAGAGUCGAAACGUCAUAAGAGGAAAGUCAACAAUGAUGAAGAUAAUGAUUAUAAUUCUAGUUCUUAUGAAUACUAUUAUUCAAGUUCAUUCGAUUCUGGAGAAGCUGUUUCGAUUUCUUCUAAUGAUGUCUUACAUUCAUCACAAGAACAAAUUAAACAACAAGUUCAAGAACAAACUAAAGAAUUAGAUCUCGAAGAUUUGAAGAAAGAAAUAGAGAAACUUAGAGAUGCAAACGAGUUCCUAAAGACAUCAAAUCAAAUGCAUCAUAAAUCUCUUAAAGAAGAAAAGAAAUUGAACAAAGAAUUACAAGAAAAACUUAAAAAAUUGACGUAUCAUGAAAAUCUUUCAAAGGAAACACAAACACAAGUUGUCAAAGAAAUGUCCAGUGAUUACUAUUAUUCUGAUGAUGAUAUCAAGUCUUUGCAAUCAAGAACUGCUAAAGAUAUCGAAGAACAAAAGAAUAUUAGUGAAAUUAUUUCACCAGAAAAAACAGAUUUCGAGCAACUUUACAACGAACAAAAAGAUGCAAAUGACAAAUUAAGACAUGACAUAAAGAAACUCAAAGAAGAACUCGAAGAUGCUCAAAGAAUGACACAAUUCAAACAACCACAACCAACAAUUGAUGAUAGAUCUGUUGGUUCAAUUCUUAAUGAUAAUGAUUCUUAUAUACCUAUCAAUAAAUCAUUUGAAGAAACUCCAGAAGAUAACCAAUCAUUCUCAAGUACUUCUUCAUCAUCAUUCCAUAAUGAUACUCAAAUUACUGACAUUGAUAAUAUUACACCAUUAUUCUAUGAUCAUUUGUCUAAAACAAGUGAUGCAUCAACUCCUUCAUCUUCAAAUCAAUUGGUUGAUCAAUUGAACAAAGCAAAUGAAAUUAUCAAUGCUUUGCAACAAAUUGUCAACCGUCCGAAAUGCAACAUUUCCGUUCAAACUGAUAAAGAAUCUGAUUUACAAAUCAAAGAAAAAGUUGAUCAGUUAGUUGUCAGUGAAUCUGAUGAUGACAAAGCAAUUGAAGCAAAGAAUGAACAGUUGAAACAAUUAAUCAAUCAAUAUCUUGCACCACAAAACAAAGAUGAAGAAGAUAUUGAUGAAAACGAAGCAACAAAACAAAGAUUGAUUGAAUUGACAUUAGAAAACGAAAGACUCAAAGCAACAGCUCCAACUGAGCAAGAAAAGUCUCAAGAAGAAAAUGAAAAUGAUUCAGUCUUUUCAUCAGGAGAAGGCGUUUCAAUCGAAAGCAAAGAUGUCAACAAAGAAGAUUUGGAUAACUUCAGAGUUAUUGAUGUUCAACAAUUGGAGAAUAGAUACAACGAAAUGACUAAAGAUGAAUUGCAAAAAGAAUUGCAAUUAUUGGAAGAAGAAAACGGAAACUUAAAGGAUUCUUCAGUAGAAUCAAUUGAUCCAAAGACAGAAAACGAGAAACUUCAAUUACAAUUAAUGAGUAUUAUUGAAGCACAAAAUCCACAAGAAAAGUCAAUUCCUGUUGAAUCAAUCCCAGAAAUUGUUAUUCCAACAUCGAAACAAAACAACAAAUCCGUUGAAAUUCAAACAGAACUUCAUGAUUUGCUAUCUGAACAGAAUGAAAAAGAACCAGAAACAUCCAAUGAUUUUGAAGAAAUGUAUCAUAAAAUCAAAGAUGAAAACGAGUUACUUUCCAUUGAUAAUUCUCAAAAGAAGGAAGAAAUCAAUCGCUUGAAUGAUCUUCAAUCUAAAUAUCAAAAGGAAAUUGAAUCUCUUCGUCAAGCUCUUGAUGAUCUCAAGAACAAGGUUUAUGAAGAAGAUUCUGAUGAACCAGUUGUUGUUGUUACAAGAGAUCUCACAUUUGAUGAUGAAGAUGAUGAAUCAACACUUCACGAUAAGAAUGAUAAACUUCAAGAAUUACUUUAUGAUCAACUUAAACAACAAGAAAAGAUGAAAUCCGAAUCAUCUUCUCUUUCAUCAAAUGAAAACAAAGAUAAAGAAAUUAAUGAAGAAUUAGAAACAGCGAAGAAACAACUUGAACAACUUCAGAAAGAAAACUUCAGACUUCGUUGCCUCCAUAAGGAUGAAUCAAAGAAGAAACCAAAGAAACAUCAUUCUAAGAAACAAAAGAAAUCUGAAGAAAUCAAAGCUCCUGUAAUUUCUGAACAAUCUCCUGAAGAAAUGACAUUAGAAGAACUUCAGAAGGAAAUCAAUAGAUUAAACACACACAACCAAGAGUUAGAAGCAUCACCAAAACUUACAUUCGAAGAACAACAAGAAAUCAACAAAUCUCUUCAGGAACAACUCAAAGAUAUUAUGACAAAGCCUUCUCAGAUGAAUGACAUUGAAGUUCAAGUUAAUUUCAAUGAAUUAUUAAAUCAGAAUCAAGUUAACAACGAAUUUGUUGCUGAUGAAAAAGAUGAUCAUUCAACAAUUCGUGCAAAGAAUGAACAACUUCAAGAGUUAUUAUUCAACAAUGAGAAACAAGAAAGCGAAGAUGGAAAUGUUUCUGAAGAACUCGAGAAUGCGAAGAAGCAACUCGAGCAACUUCAGAAAGAAAACUUCAUGCUCAGAUUAAUCCAGAAUGAACAAGAAAAAUCCAAACCUGAAGAAGAAAAACAAGAAAUCGAACCAAUUGUUAUUGAUAACAAAGGAAAGACAAUCGAAGAAAUCAAUGAAGAGAUUCAAAAGAUUUCUAAUGAGAACAAAGAACUCAAAGAGUCUCAGUCAGAAAUGACAAUUGAGGAAGAAAGAAAUCUUAAUGAGAAACUUCAAGAUUUGUUGAAUAAGAGACUUGAUGACAAUAAAUCAACUGAUGUAGAUAAAGAUUACAAAUCUAUGUAUCAAGAUAAGUGCCAAGAAAAUGAAUUACUUUGCGCAGAACUUAAUGAGAAACAGGCAGAAAUAGCAAGACUUGAAGAAACGAUUCAAAAAAUUCAAUUGAAACAACCUGAGAAGAGUGAAUCAUCAUUACAAUCAGAAGUUACUCCAGUUGAUGAAAAACUCGUUGCAGAUGAUUCAGAUAAUGAAGAAAGUUUGCAUGAAAAGAAUGUUCAACUUCACAAACUUCUAUUUGAACUCCAAUCACAAACAGAGAAAGAUCAAAACAAAUAUCAAGAAAAUGAUAAAGAUAAAAUAUCAGAACAACAUGUUCCUAAACAAAACGAAUCCGAAUCAGACGAACUUGCUAUUGCUAAGAAACAACUUGAACAACUUCAGAAAGACAAUUAUCGUCUUUUAUGUCUUCAAAAAGAACAAAACAAGAAGAAGCAGAAACAAAAUCAUAAACCUAAACAUAAGAAGACUAAGAAAUCCAAGAAACAAGAAGAAGACAAAGCAGAAAUUCAAGCCAUUGAAGAAGUUCAAUCAAAUGAAAUCAAAUCUGAAUUCGAUACUAAAUCUCAAGAACAAAUUCCAGAGAAUGAUCUCUCUUCCAAACAAGAAUCUUCAUCGAAUGAAUCUAUACCAAAUGAAACUAAUGAACCCGAAGAAAUCAACAAAUCAGAACCAGAACUACAAAUUGAACCCAAAGAAGAAAUUGUUGAGGAAGUUUCAGCAGAGCUAGAAAGUAAAGCCAGAAGUGAACAUAAAUCAGAAUCAUCGAAUUCAUCAUCAUCCGAUUCAGAAACAGAUAAUAAUGAACAUCAUGACAAAGUAGAUGAAUCCUAUUCUGAUCAUAAAGCUAAUAAUGAUGCAUCAUAUUCAGAUAAUGAAUCAGAAAGUGAAGAAGAAUCAAUAGAAGAACAAGUACCAGUUUCUAUUUCAACCGAUGGAAUGACACUUGAAGAGAUCCAAGAAGAAAUUUCACGUCUUGAGAACAAUAACAAAGAACUUGAAGAGUCAAGUCCACUUUCCCUUGAAGAACAACGUCAAUUCAACGAAGAACUUCAAGAACAACUUCAAACACUUAUUUCUAAUCAAUCCACCAAGUAUUCCACACAUCAACCAAGUAUCGAAACAACAGACGAAAUUACUCAAGUUGAAUUUUCAGAUCUCGUUUCUCAAAACACUGUAGAGUCAACACCAGAAACAAACAAUAUUGACGAACUCAAUGAGAAGUAUCAGAUUCUUGUUUCAGACAACAUUAAGAAAGAUGAUGAACUUAAGAGACUUUCAAAUGAAUCAAGUGAACUUAAAGCAGAACUUGAGUCAUUGAGAAAACAAUUAUCUGAAUUGAAGGCAUCUUAUGAUGUAUCAGAAAAAUCUCCUGUUGUUGAUCAAUUUACUCAAGCUGAUAUUGCAGAGUUUAUCCAAUACGUUUCUGUACCAGAAACAACAUUAACUGCUCAAGAUAAUGAUGAUGCCGAAGAAAUUCGAAAUAAGAAUAAGAAACUUCAAGAAAUGAUUCAGAAUGAACUUAAAUCACUUGAAAGUAAACCAAGCAAUAGCCAAGAAGAAGAACUUGCCAAUGCUCAACUUCAACCUGAACUUCUUCGUCAAGAAAACAAUCGACUUCAAUUACUCACACAAAACAAGUCCAAAGAAACCGAACCAGAAAAUAUCAAAGAAGAACAGAAAUCAAUCACUGAACAGCAUUCAUCUGCAGAACAACAAGAACUUUCAUCCAACAAGCCAACUAAUGAUGAAGAAGCCCCAAUUGAUCAACUUUCCACAUCACAACAACAAGAGCAUUCAUCAGAUUCUAGUGAAUCAGAUUCAUCCGAUUCUUCAGAAUCAGUUAAAGAAACAGAAACUAAGCAAUCAGAGCCAGAGAAAGAAAAGAAUCUUGAAGAUAUCAAACGAGAGAUUGAAGAACUUAAGCAAAAGAACGAACUUAUGUAUUCUGAAGUUGAAUCCACUCCACAAAAUCUUGAAACGGAACUUUCACUUAACGAACAACUUCAAGAACAACUUCGAACUCUUCAAAAGGACAAACCAAUUGAAAUUCAAUCUGAAGAAAAUGAAACUGUUGACAACACCGAUUACAAGAAAUUAUAUGAAGACAGUAAGUUCACAAAUACUCUUCUUUCCGAAGACAACAAACAAAAGACAAAUGAAAUCACAAGACUUAAUGAUUUGUUACAAGACUUACAAUCAGAACUCGAAGAACUCAAAUCUUCACUCCAAGAACAGAAUUCCAAUAAACCAGACUCUGAAACACCAGUUAUCAGUCGAGAUCUUGUUGCCGAUGACAAUGACGAUCAACAUGAUGUUCAUGAUAAGAACUCUCAACUUUAUGAUCUCAUCAGUGACCAACUUAACAAACCAGGAUUUGACUCAUAUCAAAAUGUAUCUGAUAAUAAUUCUCAAGAAGGAGAUUCUAAUCAGGUCAAAUCAGAACAAGAUAAAGUUGAUGAAACGCAAGGAAAUUCUGAAGAACUUGAAAUUGCGAAGAAGCAACUCGAAGCUCUUCAGAAGGAGAACUUCAAAUUAAAGUGCAUCAAUAACGAGAUCAAUAAGAUCAAAGGCAAAGACAAACAUAAGAAGAAGAAAUCGCACAAGAAACCCAAAGUUGACUCAGAAACGAAACCAGAAACAAGUUCUAUUACAGAAGAACCGCUUCAAACAGUUUCAGAAGUUCAGCCACAAGAAGAAUCAAUACCAGAAAAGUCCACACCACAAGAAUUAGAAACCGAUGUCGAACGAGAAACAAUCAUCGAAAAUACUAAUGAACCAGAACAAUUACAUCCAAACGAUAUUGAAAACAAAUCGCAAAUAGAUACAGAUAACAUAAUUUCAGAAGAAGUUAAGACACCAGAAACAAAGAUCGAUUCAAGUGAUAAGAAACUAUCAUCGUCAGGUUCAUCUAGUUCAUCGGAGUCAGAAUCAGAAUAUGAAUCAGGAGAUGAAAAUGAGAAAGAGAACGAACAUGAAAAUGAAGAUAAUGAUAAAGAAUCAGAAGAAAUUCCGAAGAAUAUUAGCAUUAUCAAUGUUGAAGGCAAGAGUCUUGAAGAGCUUCAAGAAGAGAUUUCACGUCUUCGUGAAGAAAACAAAGAUCUUUCAAACACCCAUCCUCCACUCACAGUUGAAGAAGAACGUCAACUUAACGAAUCUCUUCAAACCCAACUCAAACAACUCAUUUCUCAACAACAACAAGAUAAACAAGAUCAUAAAGAAGUUGAUAAGACCGAUUCAAUUACACAAACAGAUCUAAUCGAAUUGCUUAACAAUGAAAAGCCAUCAGUGUCAACAGAAAUUUCAGAAGAUAACAAAGAAAAUGUUGAUUUCGAGAAGUUGUACAAAGAUAUUAUAUUAUCAAAUGAACUUCUUUCAACAGACAACAAGAACAAAUCAGAAGAAAUCAAGCGAUUGAAUGAAAUUGUUUCUAACAUCAAACCAGUUGUCGAAGUUGAGAAAGAAGAUUCAUUCACCCAAAUUAACUUCAGCGAAAUUAUUAACUCAAUUCCAGUUGUUAUUAACGAAGAAAGAAAUAAAUCACCCGAAACAACAUUUGUUGCCGAAGAUAAUGAUGAUGCAGAAGAAAUUCGAAACAAGAAUAAGAAACUUCAAGAAAUGAUUCAGAAUGAACUUAAAUCACUUGAAAACAAACCAAGUAACAGUCAAGAAGAAGAACUUGCUAAUGCUCAACUUCAACUUGAACUUCUUCGUCAAGAAAACAAUCGACUUCAAUUACUUACCCAAAACAAGUCUAAAGAAACCGAACCCGAAAAUAUCAAAGAAGAACAGAAAUCUAUUAUUGAACAGCAUUCAACAACAGAGCAACCACAACAUUCAUCCAACAAGAUAACUAAUGAAGAAGGAAAAGGAUUAGAUCAACAUUCUACAUCAGAUCAACAAGAACAAAAAUCUAAUUCAAGCGAAUCAGAAUCUGUAUCCGAAAUUAAACCAUCAGAACAAGAAUCGAAUGAUAAUGUUGAUGACACACAAUCAGAACCAGAGAAAGAAAAGAAUCUUGAAGAUAUCAAACGAGAGAUUGAAGAACUUAAGCAAAAGAACGAAUUAAUGUAUUCCGAAGUAGAAUCAGCUCCACAAAAUCUUGAAACCGAACUUUCACUUAAUGAACAUCUUCAAGAACAACUUCGAACUCUUCAAAAGGACAAACCAACUAAUGAUGAAAAAGACUCAGAAAAAGAUAAAUCCACAGAUGACACAAAUUACAAGAAACUUUAUGACGACAGUACAUUCACUAUUUCUCUUCUUUCUGAAGAUAACAAACAGAAGACAAAUGAAAUCUCAAGACUCAAUGAAUUAGUCACUUCGUUAGAAAAAGAACUCGAAAAUCUUCAAAAUCAACAGAUUCAACCAGAAGUUCAUCAAGAAUUAGUUGCAGACGAGAAUGAUGAUAAGAAUCUUAUUCAUGAAAAGAAUCUUCAGCUUCAAAAUCUUAUUAUGAACAGUAUUCAUAAUGAACCAGAAACAGAUCAAACACAACCAGUCAGUAAUGAACAAUCUGAUGAAUUAGAAAUUGCAAAGAAACAACUUGAAGAACUCCAGAAAGAGAACUUCAAACUCCGUUGCAUAAACCAUGAAAUUAACAAGAUGAAAGGCAAAGACAAGCCAAAGAAGAAAUCUCAUAAGAAGUCUAAACAUGAAUCAGAACAGAAGUCAGAAAAUAUUGAAAACCAACAACUCCCAGAAGAAACAGAAAUUGUUUCAGAAACACAAGACAAAGUCAUUGAAAAUGAAAUUGUUCUACAAGAAGAAAUCAAGACUGACAUAGAUCAACUACAUGAAGCUAAAGAAUCUUCAUCCUCUUUUUCAUCAGAUUCUUCAGAAAAUGAAGAAGAAGUUCCAACUCAAAUAUCAAUUUCUACUGAAGGAAAAACAUUAGAAGAGAUCCAGAACGAAAUCAAUAAGAUUUCUGAAGAGAAUAAAGAUCUUCAGUCAUCACAUCCAGAUCUUACAAUUGAUGAAGAGCGCAAACUCAACGAAUCUCUUACUAACCAACCCCAAGAAAUUCUUUCCAAACAAGAAAAGACAGAGAAAGCCAAGAACAUUGAUAUUAGUACUCAAACAGAUCUUCACGAACUUAUGGCCAAUAAAGAAUUACCAGAAGAAAUUGUUCCACACGCUUUACUUGCUGAUGAGAAUGAUGAUAUUAAGUCUCUUCGUGACAAGAACCUCAAGUUCUACGAUUUACUUAUGAAUCACAUUCUCAGUGAAGAUACAAAGAAACAGCCAGAAGAAGAGAAUCCAUCUGAUGAAUUAGAGAUUGCCAAGAAACAGCUUGACUUCCUUCAGAAAGAGAACUUCAAACUUCGUUGUUUGAACCAUGAACUCAAUAAGAUUUCUGGCCAAGGUAAAGGAAAAGGAAGAAGAAGAUCUAAAUCAAGAAAGUCAAAGUCAGAUGAUCCAGAAAUUUUCAUUGAGCCUCAACCAAAUGACAACAAUGAAAAUGAAGAUUUGCCACAACCAAAUGUUGUUUCUACUGAAGGAAAACAACUUGGAGAGCUCAAUGAAGAAAUAGAAAAGCUUCGUAAUGAUAACAAAGAACUUGAAGAACACCAGCCAACACUUACUCUCGAAGAAGAACGCAAUCUUAAUAAAUCAAUUGGUACUUCACUUCAAAAUCUUCUUCAGAAGCAACAAUCAGAAAAUAAUGAUUAUAAGUUAUUGUAUGAAGAAAAGUGUAAAGAAAAUGAACUACUCAUUGCUGAACUCAAUGAUAAACUAGCUGAACUAUCUCGACUUCAUGAAGCAAAGAAUGAAGAUAAGCAAGAAACACAAAAUGAGCCUUCAUUACAAUCGGAAGUUAAACCAGUUGAUGAAAAAUUUGUUGCAGAUGAUUCAGAUAAUGAAGAAAGUUUGCAUGAAAAGAAUGUUCAACUUCACAAACUUCUAUUUGAACUCCAAUCACAAACAGAGAAAGAUCAAAACAAAUAUCAAGAAAAUGAUAAAGAUAAAAUAUCAGAACAACAUGUUCCUAAACAAAACGAAUCCGAAUCAGACGAACUUGCUAUUGCUAAGAAACAACUUGAACAACUUCAGAAAGACAAUUAUCGUCUUUUAUGUCUUCAAAAAGAACAAAACAAGAAGAAGCAGAAACAAAAUCAUAAACCUAAACAUAAGAAGACUAAGAAAUCCAAGAAACAAGAAGAAGACAAAGCAGAAAUUCAAGCCAUUGAAGAAGUUCAAUCAAAUGAAAUCAAAUCUGAAUUCAAAGAUCAAGAACAAACACCAGAGAAUGAUCUCUCUUCCAAACAAGAAUCUUCAUCGAAUGAAUCUAUACCAAAUGAAACUAAUGAACCUGAAGAAAUCAACAAAUCAGAACCAGAACUACAAAUUGAACCCAAAGAAGAAAUUGUUGAGGAAGUUUCAGCAGAGCUAGAAAGUAAAGCCAGAAGUGAACAUAAAUCAGAAUCAUCGAAUUCAUCAUCAUCCGAUUCAGAAACAGAUAAUAAUGAACAUCAUGACAAAGUAGAUGAAUCCUAUUCUGAUCAUAAAGCUAAUAAUGAUGCAUCAUAUUCAGAUAAUGAAUCAGAAAGUGAAGAAGAAUCAAUAGAAGAACAAGUACCAGUUUCUAUUUCAACCGAUGGAAUGACACUUGAAGAGAUCCAAGAAGAAAUUUCACGUCUUGAGAACAAUAACAAAGAACUUGAAGAGUCAAGUCCACUUUCCCUUGAAGAACAACGUCAAUUCAACGAAGAACUUCAAGAACAACUUCAAACACUUAUUUCUAAUCAAUCUCCUCAGCCGCAAGAAAAUGAGACCGAUUAUAAGAAACAAUACGAAGAUCUGAAGACAAAGUUUGAUAAGAUUUCAGCUGAAAACUCCGUAAAAUCAGAUGAAAUUAAACGUCUCACAGCAGCACUUGAAAAGUUGAAAGCUGAAUUGGAAGUUGCCAAGGAGGAUUCAUUUACACAAAUUGAUUUUGCCGAAUUAAUGUCUGCAGUUGUUUCAGAACAACCAGUAUCCAUAAAUCUUGUUGGAACCCAAAAUGAUGAUGCAGAAGAAAUUCGAAACAAGAAUAAGAAACUUCAAGAAAUGAUUCAGAAUGAACUUAAAUCACUUGAAAGUAAACCAAGCAAUAGCCAAGAAGAAGAACUUGCUAAUGCUCAACUUCAACUUGAACUUCUUCGUCAAGAAAACAAUCGACUUCAAUUACUUACACAAAACAAACCAGAAAGCAAAACAACCAAUGAAGGAGAAUUAGAAGAAGAAAAAGCCCAAAUUGAUCAACGUUCAUUAUCUGAUGAUAAAGAAUCAAAGAAUUCAAGCGAAUCAGAUUCAUCCGAUUCUUCAGAAUCAGUUAAAGAAACAGAAACUAAGCAAUCAGAGCCAGAGAAAGAAAAGAAUCUUGAAGAUAUCAAACGAGAGAUUGAAGAACUUAAGCAAAAGAACGAACUUAUGUAUUCUGAAGUUGAAUCCACUCCACAAAAUCUUGAAACGGAACUUUCACUUAACGAACAACUUCAAGAACAACUUCGAACUCUUCAAAAGGACAAACCAAUUGAAAUUCAAUCUGAAGAAAAUGAAACUGUUGACAACACCGAUUACAAGAAAUUAUAUGAAGACAGUAAGUUCACAAAUACUCUUCUUUCCGAAGACAACAAGCAAAAGACAAAUGAAAUCACAAGACUUAAUGAUUUGUUACAAGACUUACAAUCAGAACUCGAAGAACUCAAAUCUUCACUCCAAGAACAGAAUUCCAAUAAACCAGACUCUGAAACACCAGUUAUCAGUCGAGAUCUUGUUGCCGAUGACAAUGACGAUCAACAUGAUGUUCAUGAUAAGAACUCCCAACUUUAUGAUCUCAUCAGUGACCAACUUAACAAACCAGGAUUUGACUCAUAUCAAAAUGUAUCUGAUAAUAAUUCUCAAGAAGGAGAUUCUAAUCAGGUCAAAUCAGAACAAGAUAAAGUUGAUGAAACGCAAGGAAAUUCUGAAGAACUUGAAAUUGCGAAGAAGCAACUCGAAGCUCUUCAGAAGGAGAACUUCAAAUUAAAGUGCAUCAAUAACGAGAUCAAUAAGAUCAAAGGCAAAGACAAACAUAAGAAGAAGAAAUCGCACAAGAAACCCAAAGUUGACUCAGAAACGAAACCAGAAACAAGUUCUAUUACAGAAGAACCGCUUCAAACAGUUUCAGAAGCUCAGCCACAAGAAGAAUCAAUACCAGAAAAGUCCACACCAGAGCAUGUUAAUGAGGAUGAUAACUCAGAAACACCAAUUGAUAAAAUUGAAAAUGAUUCAAAAGAAGCAGAAACUGCGGUUAUGCCAGAAAGAAUUAAUAUUCCGGAAGUCAAAAUUGCGCAUAGUGAUAAGAAACCAUCAUCAGGUUCAUCUAGUUCAUCAGAAUCUGAGUCAGAAUCAGAAUAUGAAUCAGGAGAUGAAAAUGAGAAAGAGAACGAACAUGAAAAUAUAGAUAAUGAUAAAGAAUCAGAAGAAAUUCCGAAGAAUAUUAGCAUUAUCAAUGUUGAAGGCAAGAGUCUUGAAGAGCUUCAAGAAGAGAUUUCACGUCUUCGUGAAGAAAACAAAGAUCUUUCAAACACCCAUCCUCCACUCACAGUUGAAGAAGAACGUCAACUUAACGAAUCUCUUCAAACCCAACUCAAACAACUCAUUUCUCAACAACAACAAGAUAAGCAAGAUCAUAAAGAAGUUGAUAAGACCGAUUCAAUUACUCAAACUGAUCUUAAUGAAUUAUUCAACAAUGAAAAGCAAUCAAUAUCAUCAGGAAUUUCAGAAGAUAACAAAGAAAAUGUUGAUUUCGAGAAGUUGUUUAAUGAUAUUAUAUUAUCAAAUGAACUUCUUUCAACAGACAACAAGAACAAAUCAGAAGAAAUCAAGCGAUUGAAUGAUCUUAUCAACUCAAUGCAGAUGGAACAAAAGAAACCAGAGAAAACAGCUUAUUUCGAUGCAGCAACUGUUGCAACAGGUUCAUCUCAAAGUGUUUAUCUCAGUGACAGAAAAGAUGCAUCCAGUUGCACAGACCUCUUAUCCAUGGAUCAACAAGGCAACAAAAUUGACAAAGAGCUCAUUGCUGAUAUUGAUGAUGACAUCGAAAGUCUUCAUGAUAAGAAUAUCAAGUUACAUGAACUUCUCCAUUCACAGCUUCACAAAGAAUAUGAACCAACUAAUGAAGAUAGUGAUGAUGAAGAUACAGAUCAUAACGACUACAGAGGAUCAGGAAGUCUUCUUGUUGAUGGUCUCGAUAUGAUGAAGAGUGAAUUAGAAAAUCUUCAGAAAGAAAAUGCUCGACUUCGCAGCCUCAAACGAGAACAAGAUAAAGGUUGUGGAAAGAAGAAACGUAAGACAAAGAAACUUUCUCAAAAUGAUUCUCCACUUUUAUCAAAUGUUGAAGAAAGUGAUGAUGAUAGUUCAUCAUCUUCUUCAUCUGAUUCAGAAUCAGAAAGUGAAGAAAUGAAUCAAGUUAAUGCUGAUGAAAUGUCUCAAGAAGAAUUACAAGAUGAAAUCGAUCGUCUUCGUAAUGAAAACGAUGAACUGAACUCUGCACAGUUGAAUCUCGAAGAAGAGAGGAAACUUAAUAAAGCACUUCAGAACAAGUUGAACAAACUUCUUGCAGAACAAUCAUCACAAAAUGAAGAAGAUCCUGAUGACGAAAUCAACGAAGAUUUGUUGAACCUCUACAUGUCUAAUUGCAAAGAAGGAGGUCAUCCACAUCAUCAUAACGAACAACAAGAAAAUAAUAAUACAGAUUAUGAUGAACUCAAAUCUGACAUUCAAUCACUUAAGAUGCAGAUUUCCAAGCAACAAAAGAUGUAUCAGGACAAGUGCCAAGAAAAUAAGAAUCUCAGAGCUCAACUCAAAGAAAUUACUGGAAAAGAACCAGAAGUCAACAGUCAAGUUGAUGAUAAUUCUAAUGAUGAAUCAGAAGGACUCAAAUUAGAAUUAGAAUCAUUAAGAGAGCAAUUAUCAAAGUUGAAUUCUGUUUCUAAAUCCGAAAUUUCUAUUCAAACAGAGGUUUCAGAAAUCAGCGUUUCUGCUUCAGAUCUCAAAUCAAUGAACAAACAACUUAAAUCUAAAUUAGACGACAAAUUAGCUCAACUCGAUUCUAAGCCAGUAGCAACAGAAGAAGAUGAAUUUGCCAAAGCAAGACUACAACUUCAACUUCUUCAAGCAGAAAACGACAGACUCAAUGCAAUUCAGAGCAAAGGAAAAGAAGAUUCCAAGCCAAAGAAGUCUCGUAAGUCAAAGAAGUGCCACCACAAAGUUGAAGAAAAGAAACAAACCGAAGAUUCUGAAACGCAAGAAGAGAAUGAAAAGAAGCCAGUAGAGAAAGAAGAAAUACAACAAAUUGUUAAGGAAGAAAAACCAGAAGCAAAUAAUGAAGAUAUCGUUAAAGAAGAUAAAUCGACUGAAAAUGAAAAAAUCAAACAAAUUGAUCAAGAAGAGAAGCAUGAAGAAAUUAAAGAAGAAGUUACUAAAGAAGACAAACAAGUUGUUGAAGAACAGGUACCACAAAAGAUCGAAGAGAAGUCAUCAAAUAACGAAGAAGAAGCAAUUACACUUAAACUUGAAAAUCAAGAAGAAAGCAAGGCUCUUGUUGCUUCAAUUCCAUCAUUUGAAUCUUCAUCAGCUUCAGGUGAUGAAACAGAAGAGCAAAAGGAAGAAGAAACAAAUGAAGAAUCCAAGAAAGCAGAGUCUUCAUCAGAUGAAUUAUCUGAUUCAUCAGAUUCUGAAGAAGAUCAAGGAGCAUAUUAUUCUGAAUCAUCUUCAUAUUCUUCAGACGAUGAUACAGAACCAAUAUCUAAGGAUAAGAAUCUUGAGGAUAUGAGAAAGAUGAUUGAAGAAUUGAAACAAAAGAAUGAAGAACUCUACCAGAAAGUUGAAAACCUUCCACUCAAUAAAUCUGAUGAACAUGUACUCAAUGCUCAACUUCAGCAGCAGCUCGAUACUUUGGAUGUUGUUACUCCCGAACAAGUUGAAGAAGGUUCUGAUGUUGAUUACAAAGAACUUUAUAAUGAAAAAGUUGAGAAAAUCAAUCGUCUCAAAUCCGAAUUAUCUGCUCUCAAGAACAUCACCAAGGAUAAUUCAACAACACAAACAGAUCCAGUCAUCAUCAUUGAUCAAACAGAAGUUGUUCAAUCUAAAGUCAUCAAACCAGAGCUCAUUGCAAAUGAAAAAGAUGAUGAAUCAGCAAUUCAAGAGAAGAACAACAAACUCGAAGACAUGUUAUUCGAGUUACUCAAUAAGAAAGAAGAAGAAAAGCAACAGAAAGAUAAUGAUGAACUUGCUGAAGUUAAGAAACAAUUAGAAGAACUUCAAAAGGAGAAUUUCAAACUUCAUUUGAUCAAUCAACAAAAGAAUAAAUCAGAAGAAGAGAAACCAAAUUAUGUUUCUCCACAAGGGUUGACAGUUGAAGAACUCCAGCAAGAAAUUGCCAAACUUCAGGAUGAAAACAAACAACUAAAGCAAUUCGAAUCUCUUUCACCUGAAGAAAUCCGUGAAUUGAACAACAAUCUUCAGAACGAAUUGCAAGAAAUCUUAACAAGGAAUGAACCAGAAUUGAGUGAUUCAGGAGAAAUUCCAAUAGAAGAAUCUUCAAUUGACUUCAAGAAACUCUAUGUUUCUAAAUGCCAAGAAGUUGAUGACUUCAAAUCGAAACUUUCUGAAAUACAAAAUGUUUCUAAAUCAGAUACAUUUGUACAAACAGAAAUUGUCAAUCAUAAUGUAUCAGAUGAAUUAAUUGCAUCAGAUAAUGAUGAUCAAAAGUCAAUCCACGAAAAGAACUUACAAUUGCAGCAAUUAGUUCAAGAAGAAUUACAAAAGGCUCUUAAAGAACAAAAUAACAACCAGCCAACUCAAAAUGAACUUGAGUUGAUGAAGAAUCAUCUUGAACAAUUGAUUGAAGAAAACUCUAAAUUACGUUCAAAGAGGAAGAAACACAAUAAAGGAAAAGAUUCUUCUUCAUCAUCAAGUUCAGAAGAUGUCAACAGUUCCAAGAUUGAUAGUUUGUCAUUGGAAGAAAUGAGAAAACAAAUUGAAGCGUUGACAGCUCAAAACAGACAAUUGGAAGCUUCAUCACCAAGAUCAUUAUCAGAAGAGAAACAAAUGAACGAAGAACUUCAGAAACAAUUGCAAGAAAUCACUAAAUCAAUCAACAAACUCAAUACUCCAACAGAUCCUGAAGAAUUGAAGAAACAAUACGAAGAGAAAUGCCUUGCAAACGAUUUACUUGCAGAUGAAAACGAAAAGAAGUCUAAAGAAAUCAAGAGAUUGGAAGAUUUGUUGAAUGAUUAUCGAUCCAAACUUGAAAAUCAAAACUCUGAAUUCAAUCCAAGAGAAUUGAUUGAAAAGGAUAAAUCAGAUUAUCAACAAUUCAACGAAUUACUUGGAAAAGAAAUUGUUGAACUCGGAAUUUAUGAUGAAGAUACUCUUCAAACUGCCAUAGAAAAUGUUAAACUUGAACUUGAAUUAACAAAGCUUCAAGAAGAUGGUAAAUUCAUGCGUGAUUUCGCCAAGAAAUCAGGAAAGAAACUCAAACCAGCAAUUUACAAAUAUGAGAUUGAUACAAGUAAAGUUGCUAAGUCUUGCAUUGUUUUAAGUGACGACGAUGAAGAAGAAAAUGAUGUUUCAAAUUAUCAUAAAGAGUUAGAAGAAAAGAUAAGAAACAAGAAGUUUGAAAAUAACAAUAUCCUUGAGCAAUUAUCUGACUCUAAUUUACCACAACUUCCAUCAACAAUUUCUAUUGAAACCGAAUAUGAAAAUUCAAGCCAAAUUGAUUACGAAAAAGAAAACGCAAUUGAACAUCAAAUCAACAAGAAAUUGUUGGAAGUUUUACUUAAUGGAAAUGGACCAGCCCAAAUUGCUUCUCGUGAUGUUCAAUUCAGUGACAUUGAAGAAACACAAGAUGUUGACCAGUUGAAGAGCAUAAUUCAGAAGAAAGAUGAAUUAAUCAAGAAGUUACAAAAUGAAAUGGAAAAGAAAGUUAAAGUGAACAUUGACAAAGAAACCCAAGUUGAAGCAACAUUGAUGACAGAAGAAAAGAACAAACUCAAGCAUAAGUUACAAUUAUUACAACAAGAAAACGAGAAACUUCAAGCUUUGGUCAAAGACGAUGAGAUUUCUAUUCUUCCUGUUGGUUCAAUCAUUGAUGACAUUGAACUCGCUGAAGUUCCAGAAGAAACACCAAUAGACCACGAAAAGAGAUUGACUGAAGCUGUUGAAGCUAAAGCUCUCAGACAAAUCGCUUUGUUGCAAAAGAGAGCAAGAUUAUUACAGAAGAGAUUGGAUGAAAUUACAGAAGAUUCCAAACAGAAAGAACCAGAAAAUCCAGUGACAAUUCAUCAAUCAGAUAUGGAGCUACAAAAUGGAGAAACAGAAGAUGAAAGACUCACAAGAGUUCUCGCAAUUGCACAAGCAUCGAAUCAAGCAGAGAUUGAGAGAUUGAAGAACAAACUCAAAGCAGCAGGAGUCAUCGAAUCAACUGAUGAAUUCAACUGCAGAGACAUCAAAUUGGAAGAAAUUCCAGGAGAAACAGAAGAAGAAAAGAUGGAAAGAUACAAAGAUGCAAUUGACGAACAAGCAAAUGGAAUCAUUAGAAACUUGAGAUCUAUCAUUAACGAAAAUAACAUUGAUCAGCCAGAAUUCCAAGAAUUAGUUGUCAGAGUUCCAAAGAACAAUCUUGGAAAAGCCAAAGAUCAAAUGCCAACUAAAGUUUCAUUGAUCGCUCCACCUCAACCGAUUGAACAAACAAAGAUACAACCAUUGGUUGAAUUGGCUGAUAAAGUUCCAGAAAAGAAUAUUCUCAAAGAAAUCGAGAAUUUCAUUGAGAACAAACAGCAAAUGUUCCUUGAUAAACUCAUUGAAAAAGACAACAGAAUUGAAGAGUUGCAAAUGCAAAUUGAACAACUCAAACAACCUCCAACAACAACAUUUGUUGCAGAAGAACAAGUUCCAUUAUCAGAAAUCCAAGCAGAAAAUGAAGAAGAAAGAAACCAGAAGUAUAUCCAAGCAGUUGAAGAAAGUGCAAACAAGAAGAUUGCUUCCCUCGAAUCUCAGCUCAAAUUGCAAGAGCUCCAGAAGAAAGAACUUGAAGAAAAGAUUGCAAAGAUCGAAGAAAGCAGUCAAGGAAGUAUUCCAAGCACAGAAAUCUCAGAAAAGGAUGAAGAGAUACAAAGAUUACAAGAUCAACUGAAAUUGUUAACAGAAUUCAAACCAGAAACGAAACUUUCCUUCGAAAAUGUUCAUAUAGAAGCAAUUCCAGGUGAAUCUAAAGAAGACACAUUAAAGAGAUUCAAUGAAAAAGUCGAACAAUUAGUUAAUGACAAAGUCAAGGAAUUACAUGAAAAGACACUAGAACAAGCAGAAAGAUUGAAAGAACUUGAAGCAGAAUUAGAGAGAAAGAACUUAGAAAAGAUCAAGAGUGAUGUAAUGUUUAAUGUUGAUGAAGUUAAAGUUGAACACAACAAUGAUGAAACACCAGAAGAAUUCCAAAACAAACUCGCCAAACAAAUUGAAGCCAAGGCAAAUGCAAAGAUCAUGACAUUAUACAAUGAAAACAUGAAGUUAAGAGGACUUCUCGAGAAUGCGAAUGGUCCAGAUGUUUUAUCACCUGUUGAAGGAGAAACACCAGAAGAAAGACAAGAAAGGAUGGAGAACUUAGUCAGAGUUCUUCACAACCAAGUUCUAUUCUUAACAGAUGAUUUACAACAAACUAAAGACGAAGAAAAUGUCAAAGCAAAUGAAUUACAAGAAAAAAUCGAUUUGUUAGAUAAAGUUCAAGCAGAGAACGCAGUCAAAGAUAUGGAUAUUGCAGAGAAUAAUCAAACAAUACAGAAGUUGCAAGAGCAAAAUGAAGAACUACAGAAACAAUUAGCAGAAGCAAACAAGAAAGUCAAAGAAGCUACAGAUAACCUCGAAAACGUUCUCAAUAACCAAGCGAUGAACCAAUCAUCAUUGACGUCUACAUCUGAAUCAAUCCAAGAAUCGAAUCAAAUCGAGCCGGUCAAUAAACCACAAGAUGUCGAGAAACUUGUCCAAACAUGUAAUGACAUGAAAGGAGUCAUCAUUGAGUUGAAGAGAAGAUUGAUCAAAUCAGAGAGAUUCAGAUCAAGACUGAAAGAAGCUCAUUCUAAACUCACUAAUGUUCACAAAGGAGUUAUGCAAGUUUUGGCUGAUGCUGCUGCCAAAGCAAAUCUUUCUCUUGAAUCAUUCGAUAAUGACAAUGAAGCAAUUGCCAAAGGUGUUGUUGCAUUGAUUGACCUCGAUGAUUCCAAUUCAUUGUUGAAAUUUGUUGGUGAAACAGUCACAAACAUUUUGCAGACAUUCUCAAGUUUGGUUGGAGAGCAAAUGCAGAAGUUCUACGUGAAUGGACCAGAAGACUCCAAUUCCAUCAUGAAUGAAGCAAGGAGAAUCAGAGGCCUCAUCAAGAACUCAAUUGCAAGAACAACAGCUGACUUGAAGAAAGCACAGCAACAAGCAUUGAUGGCAGAAGAGAAGCUGAAAUCAGCACAAAUCGAAAAUAAUGAUUUGGUUGAUAAAUUCAGUGCUGAUGGAUCAUUGAAACUGAGAAAGAACUACAAAGUAUUACUUAGAAGAUGCCAGAUUUACCAAGAAAACGAAAAGCAACUUCGAGAAUUGAUUUUCAAAGCUUAUCCACAUAUCUAUGACAGUUGCUCCAAGGAAUCAAGUAUUGUAACAUUGAUGAAAGAGUUCUGCAUCAGAUAUCCACAGUUUAUGGUCGAUCUCAUUCAAGAUACAGCAGAGAAACCUCUUUUGAUGUUAGACCAUAAAGUUGCAACAUUAAAGAAGAGAUUCGAUGGCAUUAUCCAGAAAUAUGAAUUAAUUGUCAACAGAUUCUCUGUUGCAGGAAACAAGAACGCAAAUCCAGAAAUCCUAAGAAAAGUUGUUGAAUCAUAUUCUUAUGUUUUGAAGUCAUUGUUCCCACCAACAGCUAAUAUCAAUGCUUACUCGCCUUCAAGAGAUAUCCAGAAGCAGAUAAACAAGAUCAUGAAUAAUCUGAAGAAUAUUUUCAAUUUAAUUCCAAAUAGCGGAAUGCCUAAAUUACAGAACAUCAGUAGUUUAGUUCAUGGUAUCAGACAAUUCUUGAUGGCUCCAAUCGGAAUUGCACCAGAUUUAGAUAAGUCAAAUAGUGGUGAUGAAUUUUCUGUCGGAGGAAGACUGUUCGAAUACGAAAACAAGAUUCAGAGUUUGAUGGAUAUCGUUGAAUCUUCAGUUCCAUUAACAAAAGUUCUUGACCCACUUUGCGCAAUUCUUGGUGUUCAGACAACAGAAUAUUCCGAAGAAGCACUAGGAGAUAUCAUUGAUGCCCUUCGUGACAGAUGCUACGGAGCUGAGGAUACCUUCACCCAGUUCGAGGCAGCACGGAGCGCAUUGAAGAAUUUCGUAGUCGCAGUUGGAGACAAAGUUCCUCCAAAGGCUACAGAAUCAUACGAAGCACUCAAAGCAUCAUUGAAAUAA